AGUAUUUUUAGAUCAAUGAAUCAUAUGACAGUUGAGACUGGUACUAUAACCUUGCUUUUAAUCUGUGAUUGGUUGAGUUGUAUAAGUUAAGUAAAAAAAUACGCUUUGAAAUAAUUCCAAUGCAGUGAAAACGCAAGCGCGAGUAAAAUAACCUACGUUUCAUGUUAUAUCAAACCGAAUAUUUUCUCGUUCGCCGUUACUAGUUUUACUAGUAUUUAAAGAGAUAUUCGAUGUACUAAUGUUAUCCAGCAAUAUUAUACCGAAAUUAAAUCUAUAUAUGUACUAAUAAGUGAAAAAGAAUCGUGUCGGUGCCGCUUACGCUGGAAAUAAGUUAUUAAAUAAAAUGAAAGAAUAUAUUCAGGUAACGUUACCUAAUUAUUCUUAUAUGUUUAAUUUCGAAUCUGAUUUCAUUCAUCAAAAAACUCGAACAUGGAUGCAAGACAACUGGACUUCGGGAUUUUAUUACGUCGGGAUUUACAUGGUUCUUAUAUUCGGAGGACAAUACCUAAUGCAGAACCGACCUAGAUUCGAAUUGAGAGGAAUUUUGGUUGUAUGGAACACGAUUUUGGCGACUUUCAGUAUUAUGGGUGCCUGUAGAACGGUACCGGAAUUCAUUCACACGUUAACACACCACGGUUUGUACCAUUCCGUAUGCAUUCCUUCUUUUAUCGAACAGGAUAAAGUAUCCGGGUUUUGGACUUGGAUGUUCGUGCUUAGUAAGUUACCUGAAUUAGGAGAUACUAUAUUUAUAGUAUUAAGAAAACAGCCUCUGAUAUUUCUGCAUUGGUAUCAUCACAUAACUGUGCUGUUGUAUUCUUGGUUUAGUUAUACUGAAUACACGGCUAGUGCUAGAUGGUUUAUUGUUAUGAAUUAUUGUGUUCAUUCGAUUAUGUACACUUAUUAUGCUCUAAAAGCAAUGAGAUACAGUCCUCCCAGACAAAUUGCCAUGCUUAUCACCUCUUUACAAUUACUACAAAUGAUAGUUGGUUGUGCUGUUAAUUUAUGGGCUAGACAAUUACUUCAACAACAAGCGGAAUGUCAUAUAACUCCAUUUAACAUUAAAUUGUCAAUUUCCAUGUAUUUUAGUUAUUUCGUUUUGUUCGCUAGAUUCUUUUUUAAAGCAUACAUGUCUGGUAAUAGGAAAUCUAAAACAAUGAGCGCUCCCGUUUCUGAAGAUUAUCCUUUAUUAAAAUCAAAAGUGCAGUAAAUUCUCACAUUCCUUGAAUAGAAGAUAUUUAUAGGCUUCGGUAAAUGUAUAGUAAUAUUAUUUAAAUUAUAUUAUAAGCUCUCUUUAAAUGAAUAUUUAAAGAAUUUGUUAUUCGCUUUGAAACUAAAUUAUUUAUUAUACUAAAAGUAAUUGUUUAAGUAGAACUAAUUUAGUGUGUAAAAAAAUUGUUAUUUAUUGAAAACCACAAAAUACAUGAAAAUUUACAAGAACUAAAGUUUAAAAUUUCAAUUAUACAAGGUGUGAUUAAAAAGUACAAUUAAUUUCCUUCAAAACACUACAUUUUGAUAAUAAUACAGUUUUUUUAAUGUUGAAUCCAAGUUUUUGAUUUGAUCAUUUCAAAGUGGUCUGCUAUUUUAUAGCCUUUUAUUCUGUCCGGAAUGUUUUUUAAGCUCAUUUCCAUUUUCCAUAUUUUUUUUACCAUAUGGACAAACAAGUACACAUUAGGUCCAGAAACUCAAGAAUCAAUACCAAAUUAUGGUAUAGUAUGUUUAUGUUGUGGAAGAAUUUAUUUUGCAUUUCUUUCAGGUAUUUUUCCUCUUACAUCCUUCUAGUACACCAAUUGUAGGUUUAAACAACGUUUCCUACAAAUUUUUUUAUAUUUAUAGUACAUUUCUUCCUUAUUUAACUCAUUUCUAUCCUUAAAACGCUCUUACCACUAGUAAAUAGUCUUCAAAGUUGCUACAUAAUCUCUACUGAUAUAUUUAAUCAUUUCAUGAGCUUCUUUGGUACAGUUUUUCAAUUUAAAACGAAAAUAUAACAUUCUUAGCUAUAGUAGCUCUAAGGGGCUCAAAUUUAUUGUUAGUUGUCUUCCCGAUUAAGAAUAUAAGACAUACUAGUUGAUACAGUAUAUUUAUUAGCAUAUGCACGUACAGGUACAAUCAAUACCAAAUUAUGGUAUAGUAUGUUUUUAUGUUGAAAAAGAAUCUACUUUUACAUGUUUUCCAGUUAUUUUUCAUCUUACAUUGUUACCACUUGUAAUUAGUCUUCAAAGCUGCUACAUCAUCACUACAGAUAUAUUCAAACAUUUCAUGAGCUUCUUUGGUAUGGCUCUUCAAGUUAAAACGAAAAUUUUACAUUCAUAGUUAUAGUAACAGACUGACAAGCUCUAAGGGGCUCAAAUUUAUUGCUAGUUAUCUCACCCUAUAAGUAUAUAAGAUGUACUAUUUGAAACGCAAAGGUAGCGGCUAGAAAAAUUAAUUCAUGAUAUUUUUUGAUUAUACCUCGUAUAUAUUUAUGGUAUAAGCUCAAAUUAGUAUGUCGUCCGUACAAUAACGUUUAAUAACAAACAUUGUAAUAUAUUUAGUUAAAAUUUUUUGUUUAAUUUUAUGCACCUGGCUGUAUUUUUUUUUGUUAUCUAUUCUCUGUAAUAAACAAAGUUCUAAACUAAAAUGUUUGUUUCAAGUAUAUCCCUAAUUAUUUCAUAAAUAUUUUUAAUAUUAUUUCUAAUUUAGCAGUUAAAAUAAACAGUUAUUAUGCUAAUGAUAUGAUUUGAAAACAUCUGGACUAAUUCAAGGACAAGUUUUUAUCAUAAAUGUCUAAAAAUGAAACUAUUCCUACCAAGGUACCAACUAUUUUAUUCUGAUAUAUUAAUCAAAAUUAUUUUUUUAAU